CCAAACAGAGCCGGAAGAAACAUGGAGGAACAAAGAGGGAUGACGACGGCUGCCCAGCGUCGCAUGAGGUCUAUUCAAGAUCACCUCAGCGGUGAUUCUCCGUCGACGACGGCUCAGCUGGUUCAGAGCCCCACCGCCGGCGAGUUUUUCUCAGAGCAGGGUUACAGUGUAGUGCUUCCCGAGAAACUGCAGACUGGCAAGUGGAAUGUUUACAAUUACAAAUGGAUGACAUUUGGAGAAGCAGGCACAGCAAGAAUAGCUAUAGGGGCCGGCCUAAUGAAUCAUGGAAUUGAGAAGGGUGCUCGUGUUGGAUUGUACUUUAUCAACAGACCAGAAUGGAUUAUUGUUGACCAUGCCUGCUCUGCAUACUCUUAUAUAUCAGUUCCAUUAUACGACACUCUCGGCCCGGAUGUUGUCAAGUACAUUGUAAAUCAUGCUGUUGUACAAGCUAUAUUUUGUGUGCCUGAAACACUGAAUUCUUUGCUGAGCUUUAUGUCCAAGAUUCCAUCUGUCCGUGUUAUUGUGGUUGUUGGGGGGAUCGAUGAUCAAGUGCCUUCUCUUCCAUCAUUAACUGGAGUUCAGGUUGUAACCUAUUCAAAACUGCUCACCCAGGCAUUAAUUUAUCUUUCACUAUCCUUUUUCUCCUUGAUAUAUGAGCUUCAUUCUAAGUUUACAUAUCAUAUCUACCUUUUGGCACACAUUUACGAGCUGGUAAAUCAGGUCUUGACGGCGCAUUUCGGAGUAGCUGUAGGAUUCUACCAGGGGGAUAACUUGAAACUGAUGGAUGAUCUGGCUGCACUUAGACCUACCAUAUUCUGCAGUGUCCCUCGACUGUUCAAUAGAAUAUAUGCGGGUAUUACCAACAUCGUGAAGAGUUCUGGUGGACUAAGAGAGAGGCUAUUCAAUGCUGCAUACAAUGCCAAAAAGCAGGCCUUACAGAAUGGCAAGAAUGCAUCUCCGAUGUGGGACAGAUUGGUGUUCAACAAGAUCCGAGAUAAACUUGGGGGACGAGUUCGGUAUUUUGUCUCGGGAGCUUCACCAUUGUCUCCUGAUGUCUUGGAGUUCAUGAAGAUCUGCUUUGGCGGAGAAGUUCUUGAAGGAUAUGGAAUGACAGAAACUUCAUGCGUCAUUAGCGUUAUAGAUUUAGGUGACAAUCAAGUAGGGCACGUUGGCUCUCCUAAUCCAGCUUGUGAAGUGAAGCUUGAGGAUGUUCCAGAAAGUGAUAAGCCCUAUCCACGUGGCGAAAUAUGUGUGAGGGGUCCCAUCGUCUUCCAAGGCUACUAUAAAGACGAAACUCAAACGAGAGAAGUGAUCGAUGGAGAAGGUUGGCUACACACUGGAGAUAUUGGACUAUGGUUACCAGGAGGACGUCUGAAGAUCAUUGACAGAAAAAAGAACAUUUUCAAGCUAGCACAAGGAGAGUACAUAGCUCCUGAGAAGAUAGAGAAUGUCUAUGCCAAGUGCAGAUUUGUUGCUCAGUGCUUCAUCUAUGGUGAUAGCUUCAACUCUUCUUUGGUAGCUGUUGUUGCUGUUGACCAAGACGUGUUGAGAGAUUGGGUUGCCUCUCAAGGCAUCAAGUUUGACAACUUGGAGCAACUAUGCAAUGAUCCACGAACAAAAGCAGUUGUGUUGUCAGACAUGGAUGCUAUUGGAAGAGAAGCUCAGCUUCGAGGGUUUGAGUAUGCGAAAGCUGUGAUGUUGGUGGGGGAACCGUUUACAUUGGAGAAUGGGCUUCUCACCCCAACAUUUAAGAUUAAGAGAGCUCAAGCAAAGGAAUACUUCCAGAGUGCCAUAACAGAAAUGUACCAAGGGCUUGUUGCAUCUGAAACGCCUGCUAAGUCGGCAUUGUGA